AUGAACCCGGCUGGGCUUAGGACGUACGACGGGGACCGUGCGAGGCCCGGCCCGCUGCCCUUCGGCGUCGAGUCGUUGCUGGAGGCCGAGCGCUGGCCGGGCUCGGAGCCCGUGCAACCCCUGGAGAGGCUGCGGGGCACCGCGGAACCCCGGACCUGGUUCCCGCCGGCCGCCCCCUCCAGCGCCCCCACGUCCACCCUGCGCCCUCCGGAAACAAAAGAGCAACCGCAAGAAGCGGACGCCUUUCACCACCGCGCAGCUGCUGGCGCUGGAGCGCAGGUUCGGUCAGCAGCAGUACCUGUCCAUCGCGGGGCGCACCGCGUUCUCCAUCAGCCUCAGUCUCUCCGAGACGCAGGUCAAGAUCUGGUUUCAGAACCGGCGGGCCAAGGCCAAGCGACUGCUGGAGGCUGA